AUGUCGUCGCAACUAACUGUCUCUCCAUCUGAGCCAGUGUCGGCUUGUGCUGAGCAGGUUAUGGGGCACAUGUUGGCAAGUCUGACGACUGGAUCGAGCUCAGGACAAGCUGUAAGAUGUCUCAUGAAACGCUAUUUUGCUCGGCGUCUUGUGGAACGGGAGAAGCAAGAAAAUAAGAACGCUCAACGAAUGUGA